GUGAGAGUGACGUAUGAACAGCCGAAACGAAAACGAAAGAAAAGCCCUCAGUGCCGUUGUUAUCUUCUAAAAUUCCUGAAGAAUGGAGACAAACGGCCAGGCUAAUGGGCUUAAAUCCAGAAAGAAAGACAACAGUGAUGGGAAGGAUAAUUUAUGGUCUGCGAUUUUAGAAGAAGUUCAAAACCAGGGUAACACUAAACUACCUUCAAACAAGAAUGUAUUAGUUUUGGGCGAUAACGAAACUGGUAAAACCACACUCAUAGCUAAGUUACAAGGUGUUGAAGACCCAAAGAAAGGCUCAGCACUGGAAUAUGCAUAUAUAGAUGUAAGAGAUGAAUAUCGUGAUGACCACACAAGGCUCAGUGUAUGGGUGCUGGAUGGAGAUCCAGGCCAUACAAACCUGCUCAAGUUUGCACUAAAUGAGGACACAUUCCCACACACCUUGGUCAUAUUCACAGUAGCAAUGACCACACCAUGGGGCUUACUAGAUCAACUACAAAGCUGGGCGUCCAUGCUUGGUGAUCAUAUAGACAAAUUAGAUCUCACACCUGAACAAAGGUUGGACAGUAAGAAGGCACAGACGCAGAAGUGGCAACGGUACACGGAGCCCGGAGACGAGCUGGAGCCUGCUACGUCGCCAAUGAAGCGAUCCUCACGCAACUUGGCGGAUGAACUCGCGCAUGAUGAUGAUGAUGACGCGCCGCUGCCAGAAGCCGUGCUCACAACCAACCUAGGACUGGAUAUUGUCGUCGUUGUAACUAAGACGGACUACAUGAGCACAUUGGAGAAGGAACACGACUACCGCGACGAGCACUUUGACUUCAUGCAGCAGUGGGUCCGCCGCUUCUGUCUGCAGUACGGCGCCGCACUUUUCUAUACCAGUGCCAAGGAGGACAAGAACUGUGACUUACUCUACAAGUACCUCACACAUCGGAUAUACGGCUUACCAUUCCGCACGCCCGCGCUUAUUGUUGAAAAGGACGCGGUGCUCAUUCCCGCUGGAUGGGAUAGUAUGAAGAAGAUCAGCAUAUUGUACGAGAACAUGCAGUCUUGCAAGCCCGAUGACUACUACCGCGACAUCAUCGUACAACCCGCAACGAGGAAAAGCGGAGGUCUGCGCGAGGCGGAGGUGUGCGCGGAGGACGAGCAGGCGUUCCUGCAGCGUCAGCUGGCCGCGCUGCAGGCCGGCGCCCCCGCACCGCGCGCCGACUCCCCGCUGCGCGCCGCACAGCGCACCGCCGCACAGUUGGACGGCACAAAGAUCAGCAUGGGCGGCGGCACUCCGGGCAACGAGGGCGUGCUGGCGAACUUCUUCAACUCGCUGCUGUACAAGAAGACGGGCUCGCCGGGCGGGGUGGGCGGCGUGGUGGGGGGCGCGCGGGCAGCGGACGCCUCGCCCGCCGCCGCCGCCGCCGCCGCGCGC